AUGCUGAGCAGGUUAAGGAGCGGCAGCAUCAGGAACCUGGACCGGGAGUUCGACUGCACCGUCAGACUGCUGGACGAUUCCGAAUAUUCCUGCACCAUUCAGCGGGAUGCGAAAGGCCACUAUCUAAUAGAUCUCCUUUGCCAUCACAUGAACCUGCUAGAAAAGGACUACUUUGGAAUCAGGUUUGUGGAUCCUGAGAAACAGCGGCAUUGGUUGGAUAUCUCCAAGUCCAUUAUUAAACAAAUGAAAUCCCAGCCUCCGUAUACCAUGUGUUUCCGCGUCAAGUUUUAUCCCACUGACCCAUCAGCGCUGAAGGAGGAGAUAACCAGGUAUUUGGUUUUCCUUCAGAUAAAAAGAGAUCUGUAUCACGGGCGUCUUCUCUGCAAGACCUCUGAUGCAGCAUUGCUCGCAGCCUACAUCCUUCAAGCUGAAAUCGGUGACUAUGAUGCAGGAAAGCACCCUGAAGGAUACAGCUCCAAGUUCCAGUUCUUUCCUAAACAUUCCGAGAAGCUGGAAAGAAAAAUUGCUGAGAUCCACAAAGCUGAACUUAGCGGGCAGUCUCCUGACACAGCAGAGCUGAAUUUCCUGAAAAAAGCACAGUCAUUGGAAACAUACGGAGUUGAUCCCCAUCCCUGCAAGGACGUUUCAGGAAAUGCGGCAUUCUUAGCCUUUACUCCGUCUGGAUUUGUGGUGUUACAGGGAAACAAAAGGAUUCAUUUUAUAAAGUGGGCUGAUGUCAACAAGAUGAAGUUUGAAGGGAAAACAUUCAAUUUAUAUGCAACUCAGAAAGAGGAAUCAAAGAUUAUUUUGACAUACUUUGCACCAACACCUGAAGCUUGCAAACAUCUGUGGAAGUGCGGAGUGGAAAAUCAAGCUUUUUACAAGUUUGAAAAAUCCAGUCAGGUUCGGACAGUUUCGAGCAGCAAUCUGUUCUUCAAAGGAAGUCGGUUUCGAUACAGUGGAAAAGUCGCCAAGGAAGUGAUCGAGUCAAGUGCAAAGAUUAAAAGGAGCCCCCCUGAAAUUCACAGGUCGGGUCUGGUCCCCAGUCGCAGUUGCCCCUCCAUUUCUCAUGGGUCAAGAUUGAGUAGCGUGCCCAGAACUCGCAGGAGAGCGGUGCAUAUUUCCAUCAUGGAAGGUUUAGAAUCGCUACGAGACAGUGCUCACUCCACCCCAGUGCGAUCCACCUCACACACGGAUGCCUUUGGUACCCGUACUGCAGGCAAGACCUCCUCUGCCGAGGGCAGUGAACCAACAUCCGUGAUAGCAGACGAGCUCUACAGCCCAGCCAACAGUGUCCUGCCCACCCCAGUGUCUGACCCCAGCCUGGAAUCAAUCCUCCCUCGGCAAACUAAUGGCAGCACCAGCAACUGUGGCAUCGAGGAGGAAAAGGAGUGUGACAUUGGCGCCCCAACAGAGCCUGAGGAGCCAGCCAGAGGGGCUAGUGCCUUACCUGAAGGUGUUAGUGACAGGGCCGAGAGGGAACAGGUGAAUACAUUUGUUUUAAGUGUGGUCCGUUUGCUGCUUGUGACAGUUGGCCUCCUCUUUGCCUUGCUCCUGCUCCUGAUAGGUCUUACAGAGUCAGAUAUUGACGUUGCUUUUUUACGUGAUAUACGACAGACGCCUGAGUUUGAACAGUUCCAUUAUGAAUACUUUUGUCCCCUCAGGCGAUGGUUUGCCUGCAAGGUGCGGUACCUGCUAAACCUUCUCAUUGACACCUGACAUCACUCAACCUGAGCUAUCGGCCCAGGGACAUUGAGAAGACAAGAUGGCAUCAAGUAUCCAACAGUCUGGGCUCCCCUCUUCCCCUCUCUCUGUGUGGCACCAUCGGGCAUGUAAAGCCACCUUUAAUGGAUGAAUUCAACCACUGAUGGGAGACUUUGUGAAUCAUCAAAAUU